AUGGGGAUCGAGCCUACUGCUUCGUCGACGAAGGCCACCAUUCCGCUUCCUGAUGCCGUCAAUUACGUCGUGUAUGGCCGGAGAUGGCCUGUAACCGCUGCCCGUUUCGAAAAUAGUCUUGCUGCCGCCGUUCUUUUCUUUUUCCCUUUCGCUCCAUCUGCCGCCAAGGGCGUGCUUCUGUUGCUCCGGUCGUGGUCGCCACCCCAAAGGGCUGUCAAGUUUGUGUGGGUUAUCACCUGUCGAGUUGGGGUGUGUUUCCUUGUAUGCCUGCUUGCUGUUGGCCAGAAAAGCGUGGGAACCACCAUGGCAGCCGCCAUGACGGCUAUCACCUUGCUACCGUCGCCUUAUGCCACAAAUAGGGUGGUUGGCUUCCCUCUCCGAGUAAAGGAAUGA